GCAUCCUUGCCGUUCAUUAUUAUGACACUGGUAAACAGGCCAUACAAACGAGGUUUCUAUUGCGAUGAUGAAUCAAUUAGAUACCCAUACAAAGAAGACACCAUAACUCAUGGUCUAAUGGCUGGAGUCACCAUUUCCUGCACAGUUAUUAUUAUCACUUCUGGAGAAAUGUAUAUGGUAUUUUCAAAGCGUCUAUACUCCCGCUCAGAGUGUAAUAACUAUGUGGCUGCACUCUACAAGGUGAUAGGAACAUUCCUGUUUGGUGCCUCUGUCAGUCAGUCUCUCACAGAUCUGGCCAAAUACAUGAUAGGCCGACCACGUCCCAACUUCAUAGCUGUGUGUGACCCUGACUGGAAAAUGAUUAACUGCUCUGGAUAUGUGACAGAAUUUGAAUGUCGUGGCAGCCAUACCAAUGUGACAGAGUCAAGGUUGUCUUUCUAUUCUGGACACUCUUCAUUUGGAAUGUAUUGCAUGUUGUUCCUCUCGUUAUAUGUCCAGGCCCGGUUGUGUGGAAAGUGGGCUCGCCUUCUGCGGCCCACUGUACAAUUCUUCCUCUUCUCCUUUGCCCUGUAUGUUGGAUAUACACGUGUAUCUGAUUAUAAACACCACUGGAGUGAUGUUCUGGUGGGACUUCUUCAAGGGCACUUGUUGCUGCGCUCACAGGUGCGUUAUGUGUCUGAUUUUUUCAAAGUCAGACCACCUCUCCAGUGUACCAAAGACCCUCUUGAAACUAAACCAAGUCUUCAACUGUGUGAAACUGACCAGAAUCACUUUGGAUACCUAGGAGGAUCAUGA